AUGUCUACCACUGUUAAUAAUAAUGAAGCCUCUAGUAGCAAUACCUCUGCCUCUAAUAGCGCUGAAUCCUUUGAUUUAAGAAUGAAAUCAAUGGAGGUUCAAAUCAACAACCUUUCCUUAGCCUUUACAAGAUUCAUGAAAGAACCUAUGUUCUCUUCUAAUACCAACUCACGUAGCCCACCUUCUCAUGAUCACUCUGACACCGAGAAUGAACAAAGUGAAGAUGAAUCAAGUAACAAUGUCGAUGUUCCAACCGAUUAUCAAUUAUCCGAUACCUUACUUGGUCAGGAAUGUAUCCUCAAGAAAGAUGAGAUAUCCGAAUUGAAUAAAGUAUUCAACUUUCCAUCUAACUUCCAAGUGAACGUCGCUCCAUUCGGUACACCUGAAGGUAUUACUGUAUCAUCCAACGUCAAGAACAAUGAUACUGACUUGUUGAUUGUCGAAAAGCGAAUCAACGAUAGCUUAAAACCUUUGCUUCUCAUGUCAAGUAUGUUAUCAUCUGAUAGCUCUAAUGUCGAUGUAGAACUUAUUAGUUACUUAACUCAGAGUGCAAUCGUCUUAGCCUUUAAUGCUCAAGCAUCGCUUAGUCGUGUCCGUCGUAACAACAUCGCUAAAGAAAUCUAUGGUUCUGAAGUACUCUUACCAAUUAAGAUCAAGGAUACACCAAAGAUGUUUGAUGAAACUGAAACUGAACGUGUAAGAAAACUAGCCAAGUCAAUCAGAAAGAACAACGAAGCUAAACAAUCAUUGUUAAAAUUGAAUUAUCAUUCCAAGUCAAAUGUCAAGAAAUCAGUUAACUCAAGUGGUAAUAACACUACAGGAAACAGUAGUAAUAGUAAAUCCAGUAGUGGGAGUAAUGGCCGAUCUAACAACUUCAAUGGAUCACCAAGUAAUGUUGCAUCAGGUAGCAACAAUACCAAGUCUGUUUCCAAGUUACGACUAUGUUCUUACAACCGAUGCCUCGGAAUCAGGUGCAGGUGCCACACUCAAGAAAGGAAACAAGGUAAUCAAAACUUGGUCAUUCCAAUGGUCAACAACUCAAUCAAAUAUGUAGUCAAAUCGUCGAGAAAUGCUCGCGCUGCUGAUGGCCUAUCAAGCGCUAUGUCGGAAACUGAACAACUGCAAGCUGAAGAUUCAAACCGACAACACUACCACUCUCUCUUACAUCAAUCGCCAGGGUGGUCAAAUACAAGAUCUCUCAGUUCUGUUCGAACAACUUUGGAAACAAUGCCUCAAGAAGAAAGUGAACUUGAUUGGAGAGCAUAUUCCAGGAUUCUUCAAUGUAAAAGCCGACCACCUCAGCCGUCUUUCAGAGAUGAAUCACAAAUCAUCGUCCAGAGUAAUCAAGAGUUACAACUGGCAACUGAAGAAGGAAGUGUUCAAUCGCAUCCAACUUCAAUUCGGUCAAAUACAGAUGGAUCUGUUCGCAUCUCACCUCAACCAUCAAACGAACAACUACUCAACAAUCAGAAUGAAUGCACUCCACCUCGAUUGGAGUCAAUGGAAGCAAUGUCUAGCCUUCCCACCACCCAUUCUUUUGCCUUCUAUCCUGGAGAAGAUGAACUCAUCCAGUUCGAAGAAGGUUUCUAUAAUACUGAUCUUCCCAAUCUGGAGAUCAGCAACUUGGUAUCCGAUGAUUCAAGCACAAGUUCCUCGUCAUCAUCUUCACAUGUUUCCUCAAGUACUGGGAACAUUCCAAGAAGUAUUGACCAAACAAUCAGUAGAGUCGAUACCAAUCCAGAUUCAACAACGUUGGAAGCUGGGGAUUAUUCAACUUUCCAAUCUCAUGUAAUGUCCUUCGCUCGUACAACAAAUACAAAAACAGCUGAGCUGUUAAUGAAGUCAUGGGAACCUUCAACUCUCAAAGUAUAUAGCUCCAGUUAUACAAGAUUCCACAAUUUCUGUACUUUGAACUCUUUGAAUCCAGCCAACAUUACCUUAGUUGUUUUCAUGGAUUAUCUUACACAUCUGUUCAAACACAAACCUCCGUUAGCCUUCUCAACAAUUAACGGUCCCAAAUAA